UACUUCAGGUUGCAAGUGAUCUGCAUGGUGAAAACGUUUAUGGAUCUUACACUCUCUCAAGACGUAUCAUAUGCGCCGCACUCGAUUAGAAUUGAAGGGGAUUUGACCCUCGGUGGCCUUUUCCCCGUCCAUGCACGCGGACUCUUGGGGGAACCGUGCGGUGACAUAAAGAAGGAGAAUGGAAUCCACAGGCUGGAAGCAAUGUUGUACGCUUUGGACCAAAUCAACAGCGACGAUGAGCUUUUACCUAAUAUCACUUUAGGCGCACGGAUAUUAGACACAUGUUCGAGGGACACAUACGCGCUGGAACAGUCUCUCACGUUUGUCCAGGCUCUUAUACAAAAGGAUACAUCGGACGUGCGAUGCACCAGUGGGGAGCCUCCAGUAUUUGUCAAACCCGAAAAAGUUGUCGGAGUCAUCGGAGCCUCCGCAAGUUCUGUGUCGAUAAUGGUGGCCAACAUUCUGCGCUUGUUUCAGAUUCCACAGAUAAGUUAUGCCUCUACGGCGCCGGAGCUAAGUGACGACAGGCGUUACGACUUCUUCUCGCGCGUGGUCCCACCGGACUCCUUUCAGGCCCAGGCGAUGGUGGACAUUGUGAAGGCCAUGGGUUGGAAUUAUGUCUCUACGGUGGCAUCAGAGGGAAGCUACGGGGAGAAAGGUGUCGAGGCCUUCAUGCAAAUAUCCAGGGACACAGGUGGAAUCUGCAUUGCCCAGUCUUUAAAAAUCCCUCAUGAUCGCAAGCAGGCGGACUUCGACAAGAUCGUAGACCAGCUUUACAGCACCAGCAAUGCUCGAGCAGUCAUCAUAUUCGCCUCUGAUGAGGAUAUCCGGGGAAUUCUCAAUGCCAGUAAAAAAGCUGAUCGAGUCGGGCACUUCCUGUGGAUCGGCUCAGACAGCUGGGGAGCCAAAAACAGCCCCAUUCACCUACUAGAAGAAGCGGCUCUGGGAGCCAUCACUAUCCUCCCCAAGAGAACCACCAUCGGGGGUUUUGAUACCUACUUUACCUCACGUACAUUAGAAAACAACAGAAGGAAUGUGUGGUUUGCUGAAUUCUGGGAAGAAAACUUUGACUGCAAGCUCAUGAGUUCCUCAAAGAAAGAAGAUACUAGCAGAAAGUGUACAGGCCUGGAAAGAAUAGGACAAGACUCUAAGUAUGAGCAAGAAGGCAAAGUUCAGUUUGUGAUCGAUGCUGUGUAUGCCAUGGCCCAUGCUCUCCACAACAUGCAGAAGGAUCUCUGCCCUGAUUUCUCAGGGAUCUGCACUGACAUGGAGACCGCAGGAGGGAAGAAACUUUUGAAAUAUAUCCGAACCAUCAGCUUCAAUGGAAGUGCUGGCACAUCUGUGACAUUUAACCGUAAUGGUGACGCACCAGGAAGAUACGACCUCUUCCAGUACCAAGCCAACAGCAACAACACCCUUGGCUACAGAAAUAUAGGCCAAUGGAUGGACAAUUUACAACUUAACAUUGAGGACAUGCAGUGGCCUAAUGGAGAACAGCAGAUUCCCAUCUCCGUCUGCAACCUGCCGUGCAAAACCGGCGAGCGGAAGAAGAUGGUCAAAGGGAUGCCGUGCUGCUGGCACUGCGAACUCUGCGACGGUUACCAGUACCAAUACGACGAAACCUCCUGCAGGCUCUGCGCCUACAACAAGCGCCCGAACGCCAACCGCACCGAAUGCGAACCGAUCCCCAUCGUCAAGCUGGAGUGGCACUCCCCCUGGGCGGUCAUACCCGUGUUCCUCGCCAUGCUGGGGAUCAUCGCCACCAUAUUCGUCAUGGCGACAUUCGUCCGCUACAACGACACGCCCAUCGUGCGGGCGUCCGGCCGGGAGUUGAGCUACGUGCUGCUGACGGGCAUCUUCCUCUGCUACAUCAUCACCUUCAUCAUGAUCGCCAAACCUGACGUCGGUGUCUGCUCCUUCCGACGGAUCUUCUUAGGCCUGGGCAUGUGCAUAAGCUACGCCGCCCUGCUGACAAAAACCAACCGCAUCUAUCGCAUCUUCGAAGAGGGCAAAAAGUCGGUGACGCCACCAAAGUUGAUCAGCCCCACCUCUCAGCUAGCCAUAACCUCCAGCCUUAUAUCCAUCCAGCUGCUGGGCGUGUUCAUCUGGUUCGGCGUCGACCCGCCCAAUGCCGUGAUAGAUUACGACGAGCAGAAAACCAUAAACCCUGACAGGGCCCGGGGCGUCCUCAAAUGUGACAUCACGGACCUGCAGAUCAUCUGCUCUCUGGGAUACAGCAUCCUGCUGAUGGUGACCUGCACGGUGUACGCCAUCAAGACCCGGGGCGUACCCGAGAACUUCAAUGAGGCCAAGCCAAUUGGCUUCACUAUGUACACAACGUGCAUAGUUUGGCUUGCCUUUAUUCCCAUAUUCUUUGGCACAGCACAAUCUGCAGAGAAGCUUUAUAUCCAGACUGCCACCCUAACCAUCUCUAUGAACCUCAGUGCAUCGGUGGCCCUGGGGAUGCUGUACAUGCCCAAAGUGUAUGUCAUUAUUUUUCACCCCGAGCUGAAUGUACAGAAGCGCAAGCGCAGUUUCAAGGCUGUGGUGACAGCUGCGACCAUGUCCUCGCGCCUCUCCCAUAAACCAAGUGACAGGCCGAACGGGGAGGCCAAGACGGAGCUGUGUGAGAAUGUGGACCCCAACAGUCCAGCUGCAAAGAAGAAGUAUGUAAGCUACAAUGAGCUGGUAAUUUAAAAAACUACCACCUUUAUUAAGCCUUGUGAUGGACACCCGUUCUGCGCUUUUGCCAGAAGAAGCAAAUAAAAGGCUUACUGGAUUCACGUGAUGUGCUACUUUUCUACAUCGGAAACUCCAACGGUCAGGCACUUCUCAGAAUAAGCCUUUCGUCGGAGGACAGGACAGGACUUGGCUAUUCCAGCCUUCAUAUAAGACCUAAAGAACAAACAAACAAGAAAUCACCAGAAAAAAAACAGAUACAAAUUAUAACGCAAGAAAAGAAAAGAAAAGAAAAGAAAAAAAAGAAAAAGUUCUUUAAAUGAUGACAUAAGAGCACUUGCGGUGCCUCUAUCCCAUUAGUCUAUGACACUGGUGGUGUCCUUGAAAGAGAUACAAGGUUUGGGUCCAACAGCACUGAUACUCUCACAGAAAAUAUGUGUUGACCCCAGUUAUCUCUGGAGAGGGGGCCCAUGGCAGCACACAACCCCCACCCCCACCCCCACUCCUUUUUGUCUACCUGUACUUCCAAAUUGCAAGUUUCCAAAAUUUGUGUAGAACUGUGUGUGGUUAUUUUGGCAGUGUUGCCUUUGUUAUUUAAUCUUAAUUUAAGAUUACCGUUACUGUUUUAAUGAUAUUUUCCUUGUUUGUUGAAUGCACAUGAUGUUAAAGCCAUAUUCUUCUCUUUUGAGACAUUAUGUUUUGAAAAAAAAUCCUGUCCUUUCAAUUGUUACCAUUCUUCAAAUCCCUGCCCGAAUUACGAUAGGUAGCCUUUCCAGUUCAUAUAGAUAUUUUAGUAUUUUGUGAGGGUUUGUGAACCAUCAGCAAUGUCAGUGACUACAUGAGAGCAACCAUUUUUUAAAAUCAGAUCUAGUUUAAUCCAAGUGAUUGAUGGUGUUUUAACAAGGUGUACAUGUUCCAGUUGUCAAUGCAUGCCUGGUAUGUUUGAUGUUGCAGUACAGUUUCGAAAUCCAGGACUAAGUAUUUCACUACAGGGAUAUUCCGUUCACAUGCUCUCAAAUGAUUUGAUGAUAGCCUUCACAUUUAUUUUUUUGAUUUCCCUAGAUUUCUUCCCUUAACAUCUUAUCCCUUGAAGCAGAAUAUGGCUUUAAUUGUGUCUUGGAAUUUCUUACUGCCCCACAACUAUGAAGAGAUUGUGAAAAUAUGAAUAUAUAUUUAAAAGAAAAUGUGAAAAAUAAAAGCAUGUAUGUUUUAUACGGUUUGUAAUAAGUAUAUUCAUGUUGCCCUUGCAGCUUAUGUGCCAGUAUUGUGGGAAAUAUUUACAUUUGGCCACUCAUGCAACUAUUAUGUGGUGUUGUCUAAGAAUGUAUCAACAUAAAAUAAAACAGUUUGGAUAUUUA